UACAGCAAUAACGAUGGAUCGACAAGGAUUCUGACGGGUUGCUUGCUUGCACUGCUGAUCCUGUGGACCCUGUUGGGUAACAUUAUGGUUUGCUCCGCGGUGCUGCGUUUUCGCCACCUUCGGACCAAAGUCACCAAUAUUUUCAUCGUGUCCUUGGCGUUAUCGGAUUUAUUUGUGGCGGUGCUGGUGAUGCCGUGGAAGGCCGUUGCCGAGGUGGCGGGGUAUUGGCCUUUUGGUACUUUCUGUAACGUGUGGGUGGCUUUUGACAUUAUGUGCUCCACGGCGUCGAUCCUUAACCUCUGCAUCAUCAGCGUGGAUAGAUACUGGGCCAUCUCGAGUCCCUUCCGAUACGAGAGGAAAAUGACCCAGCGAGUGGCCUUCGUGAUGAUCAGCGUCACGUGGACGUUGUCUGUCAUCAUCUCAUUCAUACCCGUCCAACUUAACUGGCACAAAGCCAGCGAUGACGAAAUGACCGGGACGCACAGCAACUCUUCCGCUGUUGAGCCAAAAGAGGAGAACUGCGACUCGAGUCUUAACAGAGAAUACGCGAUAUCGUCGUCCUUGAUCAGUUUCUACAUCCCCGUGGCGAUCAUGAUUGUGACUUACACCCGAAUUUACCGGAUCGCCCAGAUCCAGAUCCGGAGGAUCGCGUCCCUGGAGCGGGCGGCUGAGCACGCACAGAGCUGCAGGAGCAAUAGGUUAGAGUGCCAACACCACAACACCUUGAAAACAUCCAUUAAAAGGGAAACCAAAGUUCUAAAAACCCUGUCCGUGAUCAUGGGUGUCUUCGUGUGCUGCUGGCUGCCCUUCUUUAUCCUCAACUGCAUGGUCCCCUUCUGCGAGAAGCCAACCGCAGAGCACCCGGCCCCGGGGCUGCCGUGCGUCAGCGAGACCACCUUCGAUGUGUUCGUGUGGUUCGGGUGGACCAACUCCUCGCUCAACCCCAUCAUUUACGCGUUCAACGCUGAGUUCAGGAAGGCUUUCGCGAGUCUCCUGGGCUGUCGCAACUUCUGCUCCAACACGCCAGUAGAAACGGUUAAUAUUAGCAACGAGCUGGUCUCAUACAAUCAGGACACCCUGACCCACAAGGAAAUAGUGAACGCGUACGUGAAUAUGAUUCCAAACGUUGUGGAAUGCAUUGACCACGAGGAGACGUUCGACCGAAUAUCACAGCUUUCCCAUAAUAAUGAAAUCGCCACUGAUUCGGUUUGCGACCUGGACGACUGUGAGGCAGAUAUCAGUCUUGACAGAAUGUCAUCGUUUACACCUAAUGGGAUACACUGA